GCUCUUUGCUUCUUGAACUCAUCUUCUUCAGCGUUAAGUUUUACAUCCAUAUAGAGAACAGCUGUUGAACGAAGAAGGAGGUGGAGAUUUCAGCCAUGGGAGUUGGAGGAGGAGUUGCAGAGAAGCAAUAUGUGAAGGCUAAGAUUUCAGUGUGGUGGGAUAUAGAGAAUUGUCAGGUCCCAAAAGGGUGUGAGCCUCAUGCAAUUGCUCAGAAUAUCAGCUCUGCCGUUGCUAAGUUGAAUUACUGUGGACCUUUGUCCAUUUCUGCCUAUGGUGACACCAAUUGGAUCCCUCAAUCUGUGCAACAUGCCCUUUCCAGCACCGGCAUCUCCCUCAACCAAGUCCCUCCUGAUUUUCAGAAAAUUCAAUGAAUAUUUAUGGGUUGUUUUGUUGAAUGAGCAAGGGUUAAAGAUGCAAGUGACAAGAAAAUUCUAGUGGACAUGUUGUUCUGGGCAGUGGACAAUCCUGCACCUGCAAAUAUAAUGUUAAUUU